CAGGAGAUUCUUAAGGUGUCUCACAUAUUAUCCCAUUUAGUAUUAUUUAAAAACUCAUGAAUGCCUGUUUGAUUUCCGCUUAUUCGUCCUUAGAAGGGAUAAUGCUCUUUCCUCCGCAGACAAGCCACCUGUUCAGCCUAAAAGCCAAAAAAUCUAAUUAAACAAGAAGUCAAUAUGCAAAGGCUCUGACUGCAACAAAAAUGAUGAUACAUCAUGGUUUUACUCUUGAACCGAGGAGAUAAUAAAUAUCAAGUAUGCUGUCGUGUGUUGAAUUUGCUAACCUUAAUGUUGACAUUGCAUCUAAAAAUGAGAAAAAAUGGUAAAAACAAAGGUUGGCAUGCACAUUUCAUGGAGUAUUUUUUCCCAUUCAUGCUACUUGAUAUGUUUUUGGUCAACUACAUUUAUUUUUUACUUUCCAGUGUACCUUUGUUUCAAGGGCGUAGGUUUGCAUAGGGACGGUAGGGACAUAACACUACCAACUUUUCAAGAGGGUCAAAUUGUCCCCACUAACUUUUAAGCAACCUUAUUUGCAUUAUAUAAUGAGUUCAGUUAUAUAGGUCAUUUUGAUUGUCUUCCCAUAUGUUGUAAGGAUAGAAUUGACCCUACCAUUAUUAAGUGAAUUAUUUUCAUUAUGUUCAGACCAGGUUCAGACUUACAUUUACCCCUUUUCACUUUCUGAAUGUGCCGGUCCAAUCAAACGUGCAUGAUUGGCUGAUGACUUGACCCCCCGCCACCCACACGCACACUCACACAGCCCCGACAGAAAUACACAAGAAAUAAGCAUGCCGCCUUCUCCGCCCCCUUCGAAGAGGAGGGAUAUUAGAAGUUUUUUUCGGCCAGCAGCAGCAGCAGACGACACUGUAAGUAAUGUAAAAAGACGUCAAUGUUGUGGACGUGGGGAACACACCACUAAUGUUGCUACUGAAAGUCCGACCUGCAUCAGAGUUAGCAUAACAUUAAACUGUGUGAACUUGCUAACCUGCAAAACUCGAGUAGGAAGCUGCUUAGAGAGAAUUAUCCUCCUGUAUGUGUUUUCUACUGUUAACGUUAAUUAAACUGUGAGAAACGUAGUGAACUCUGCUGGAAAGUAUAGAACCAGAAAAACGUGAGCAAGAAGCUGCUUAAAGAGAGAGGUCCCAGUCUGUGUUUCACAGGAAAGUGCUGACAGUCAAAAUAAAAAACACAUGCUGCUGCUUUUCUUCUUGUAAACGGCCUGGUUUAGAAGGAAAGAAGGCUAGAGCAUGUUGUGACUUUGCACUUUUGAAACCAAAUACCUAUUAGUGCAUUUAUUUAUUAAUUAAAAUGUAUUUAAUUACUAUCACCUGAACCAAUACACAUGAAAGUUAGUAUAAGUCAAUACAGAUUUAUUUUGCAUUGAUCAUUUAGCUUAUCAAUUAAUUAGGUUCAUAUUCGUGAGAAAUGUAGCCCUGACCCCGUUCACCCAAUCUGUUUGGUCUUAUUAAUGUCCCGUCCCCAGCAAAAAGUGUACAUGCAGGUUAUGCUGUUAUAUCGUCCCUACCAAUGUUGAGACCAAACCUACGCCCUUGCUUUGUUUUUGCAUAUAAAGCCUUAAAUAUAAUACAUAAUAAUACAAAUGCACAUUGUUUUUUGUUUUUUUUUCACGUCUGCUGAUAAUGAUUUGGGCUUUAAAUUGAUUUAGAAUUAAUAACAUUUACUUGCAAUAGACUGUUUUCUUUAGAUUGUUAUAGAACUUUUUUCUUAGAAGUACAUCUCCCUCUGGAAGCUUCUGCCACCACAGUUUAUCUUAAAUUGCAGAUUAAGGGUGAAGAUUCCAUUUCCACCUGGAUUCCAACAAGUCUAUUAUCGAUUGAAGGGCAAAUCUGCCUUUUUAUUUGGGCUUUGAAGUGUGAAAUGGUCUAAAUUACACGAGUCUGUCACCACACCCAGACCGCAGGACUGUGCUUCUACCUGAGAGUCUGUUUGGAAAAGUCGGAAGAGUUUUUCUUUUUUCUUUUUUUAAAUCUGCAGCGACUCGUCUUGUUCUCUCAUCGAGCGUCCCGGCAGCGAACAUGUGGAUCUGCAGAGAAUCAACGAUCCUCUCCCUCAUCGGUGUCAUGCUGAUCUGGCCAUAUGUCCUCACCAAGAAUGUCUCACCCAGACUGCAGGCAGACGGCAGCUCUCUAUCUGCAGGGCAGAGAGAAGAGCGCCAUCAUGUGGUGAAGAGGAUGACAAAGAGCUGCGACAGCACCUUUGACGAUUACUGCCUGAACAACGGCCAGUGCAUGCUGCUGGUGGACAUCAAUGAGCAUCACUGCAAGUGUGUGGGGGAAUACUCUGGCCCCAGGUGCGGCACCGUGCGGCUGAACGACUUUGUCGUUCAGCCGCUGGCCGAAGAGCAAGUAGUUGUCGUGGUUUUCUGCGUGAGUUUGCUGAUUCUAGGUCUGGCUGGAGCUCUGUACUUCUGCUGCAAAUGGUAUAAAAAAAACAAAUUCCCACGUCAGCAGAAGCGGCAGGGUUACAAAGGAGUCCAGGCUGUUUACAGUGUUUCGUUUACUCUCACGCCCACUGCAUGUGCUGCUGGAAAAACGCAAACCUGGGUUUCUCCCGCCUUUCCUGAAUGAAAAGUUCAUCAUGAUGCUUCCUGACCAGCUCGCACUCAGUGGCCGGCUUACUGGUUCUGCUCCUGCUUAGAGUGCUGUGCGUCACAUGGCUUUAUCCAGCAGGGAGAUCAUCACAAAGAGAUUAAAAUGGUCAAAAAGCAGCAGCUUUGUACGCGCCGUGAUUGUUUUCCUGCCGCACCGGUUCUAAAGUUUCGCCGCCUGUUACACUCAGUUUGAAAAGAUGAAUAGGGAGACACACAAAAACAGUUUCUGUGUGUGUGAAACCACCCACAUGAUGGUGGAAAAAUCAUGCAAAAUGCCUGAAUGUGAGGGCAAAGGAUGGGCAAAUGCAACGGUAGUAACAUCUUUAUAGAGAUAUUUAGGUCACUGUUUGCAAAAGAAACUUCAUGUGUUGACAGGCAAGAGGCCACAGCUUGCAAUAACUGCUGGAAUGUUUAUCAGAAUCACUAUCAAGCUAUAGUUUCUUCACUUUUAACUCUUAUUUUGUCAUAAUUUGUGUAUCUGAAGUCUGAUUUCAGAUUAGUUUUUGAGAUUCAAUGAGGCUUUCAUCAGCCUCCAAGAUCUAAGAAUAGAACUGAUCAAAAAUCUGAAUAAUAAAAGUUUUCAUCUGCCUGCUGUUUCUCAUCAAAAUUACUUCCUCAAAUCCACUUUUUCCCCAUAUUUUGGUUCCUUAAACCGUAUUUUUAAUUUAACUUUCACACUUCUGAAUUAGCUUUUUAUUAUUGUCUCUUGAUAAUUGUAGCAAAAACAUUAAUUAGUCGCCUUUAUCAUUGUUACUGCCAUUAAAAGUUUUGUGUUUUAUUGUUCAAAACUUUGUCAGGUCAUAUAGUAUUCCCAUUUUAAUUAUUUAUUUCACAGUAUUAAUGUGUAAACUGGAUACUUGCUCUGUUACCGCAAAGAAUGACUUUUUAAAGUUUGUAUGUUUGUAUGCCUUCACAUGCUUCUCAAAUCUACAUGCUACAUUUUACAGUUUUCUUCCAUGUUCUCUUUAAAAGAAUAUCUUUUUUAGGAACACGUGAGAAAAAAACCUUCCAGAUGCUGCUUGAUGAUGUUUUUACAUGGAAUUCUUGCAAUGGCAGUAUUAGCUGUGCAUGUACCAGAACAUAUGUCUAAUAAAAUCUAACAUAAUAUAUACAUUUAA